AUGGGUUCCAUAAAUACCAUAUUUCAUCGUAUCCAUCGGCUUGUGAAUGGCGGCGCCGCCAAUGUGGUUAGUUUCAGUCUCACAGUUCAGUCACCUUUCAAUUUCCAAUGAUUUAGCGAUUUGUGCCAAACUCGACGUCUACAGACACGCUAACCGUUAGUCCGAGAGCAAUUCCAAGCACAGUCUCUGUGAGUUUUUAUUUUGUGGAAAAGUUUGAGUUCUGAGAGUUCAUAAUGUUACUUUUUCUUGAAAUUUAGCAAUUAUUUUAGCUAUUCAAUGCUCAAGUCUUAGUGGAAUUGCCUGGCUUCUGCAGUGAUGAGGUAUUACUGUACAUGCAUUGUAACAUUCUAAUGUUUCGUUCCCACACAGUUUUUCGGUUUGAUUCGCUCGAGCUUAUUUAGCCUUUCAGUGCAAAACAAGCUUAAAAUUCCUCUUCAAAGCUUACUAUUUUUUUCUAUUCAAAAUAUAUUUUCAGGAUCGUCGUCUCUUGCUCAAAGCAUGUAAAAUCAUGGAUCAAGUAGUGAAAAGCUGUCGUAGCCCUAGGCUCAAUUUGAAGAAUUCCCCACCAUUUAUACUGGAUAUCUUACCGGAUACUUACACGCAUGUAAGUGUUGAACUAGAGUGUGUUUUUUUUUCUAAAUAUCGUUUUCAGCUAAUGCUGAUAUUCACACAAAACAACGAAAUUUUACAAGAUAACGAGUACAUCAGAAUUUUUCUUGACAAUCUCAUCACCAAAUGCAAAGAGGUUUUUGAUAAAAGUUCAUAUCUAUCCUACAAAACAAUUUUUAUAGACUGUGAAGCUGUUCAAGACUAAUUCCAUCUAUAAUGAUCAGUCGGAGGAAAGAAGAAAAUUGACUAAAAUGUCAUUAAUGUUUUCCCACAUGCUAUUUGAAAUCAAAGCAUUAUUUCCGGAAGGAUUGUAUAUUGAGGAUCGGUUCCGAAUUACGAAAAAAGAAGCGGAGAGUUUUUGGAGUCAUCACUUCCCAAAAAAGAACAUGGUUCCCUGGCCGCUAUUUUUAACUUCAAUUGAAAAGUAUCACGGAACGUCAAUGGGAAAAAUAGAAGCAACAGAGUUGAAAGCUACCGUUGAUUUGAGUGGUGAUGAAUACAUCUCAAGCUUCGAGUUUGACGUCUUUACAAGGUAACACCAGAGAAAUCAAUGUUUUCAUUUUUCAGCCUAUUUCAGGUUGUUCUAUCCUUUCAAAACGUUGAUAAAAAAUUGGCAAACGUUGACAACUGGCCAUCCGGGUUACUGUGCCUUUCUGACAUACGAUGAAGUCAAGAAAAGAUUAGAAAAAUUGACGCGGAUGCCUGGAAGUUACAUAUUCCGACUGUCAUGUACGCGGCCAGGUCAAUGGGCUAUCGGAUAUGUCGCCCCUGACGGGAAAAUUUAUCAAACAAUUCCGCAGAACAAAAGUUUGAUUCAGGCGCUUCAUGAAGGGAACAAAGAGGGGUUGUGAGUAUUAUGUUUGACUGCACUACCUGAUAUUUGAGUUUCAGCUAUAUUCAUCCAAAUGGACGUGACCAAGAUGUCAACUUGUCCAAGCUUAUGGAUGUUCCUCAAGCGGAUAGAGUCCAAGUGACAAGCGAGCAAUACGAAUUGUAUUGCGAGAUGGGAACCACGUUUGAAUUGUGUAAAAUCUGUGAUGAUAAUGAGAAGAACAUCAAAAUUGAGCCUUGUGGACAUCUUUUAUGCGCAAAGUGCUUAGCAAAUUGGCAGGACUCUGAUGGCGGUGGGAAUUCGUGCCCAUUCUGCCGAUAUGAAAUAAAAGGAACAAAUCGGGUGAUUAUCGAUCGAUUCAAACCGCAAGGAAAACAUGCCAAAACAAAGAUAGACUGCAAUAAGUUGAACGCUCCGGAUGUUCCACCCCGAACGGUAAGUCAAAGCGCUGACAGCUUCAAAUUACUUUUGUCCGUCGUCUUUGUAGUAUGUUUCCCAAUCUUUGCUGACUGAAUCUCAUUCAAUUCCAUCUGUCAAUGAGUUGCCGUUGGUACCCCCACCGCUACCUCCAAAACCAUUGGACACUGCCAACUUAAAUGUAAGACGAGCAGCAGCGUCUUUUCUUCAACCAUUGGCUAGUGUUUGUUUCAUGCGUGAUUUUAAAAAAAUUAACAAAAUUUCUGCCGAGUUUUCAGAGGCAAGUUUUAGUUAUUUUUCACUGGAAAAAAUAAACAAACUUUCUCAUUGUUCUUCUCGCGGCGCGAAAGCAACAUCUUUUUUGGUUCAAUAGAAACACGUAGUUACUUUUAAAUUGACGCUUUUUUCAAUUGGGCAUAUGGCAAACAUCAGACGACAGAAAGGCAUUUUAUGAUUUUUCAAAUUAAAUUCAGAAUCAUGUCCUAAGUUGACCAAAGAGAUUUUUUGUGCUAUUUCGUGCACUGUUCUACGCUCACUUAGUACAGAAAUUUUCAGAAAAUUAACUUGCUUUCUUCAGGUAGAACACAAUUUAAAUUUUUUCAAAGCUUGAUUAAGCAUGAUUGGUCUAGGCUUUUCGGGGGUCUACCAAGACUUUGAUGGGUCAAAAGUCGAAGCCCCGAAAUGCCAUCGAAAAGCGUUUGCCUGCUAUUUGAAAUUCUGCUUCAAAGUAAACUUCAAUUCAAUGUUCUAUCUGGAAAAGACGAUUUAAUGUUCUAAUGGCAGUUUUAAGUAAGAAUAGAAAGGUGCGAACAACAAGGCGGGUAGUUUGCAAUAAUAUACUUAUUUACAAAAUAAAGUGAGAACAAGUUCUUCAUUUAACUUUGGCAUUUUUCUGGCUCCAGUUUGAUCAAUCAUAAAUUUUCUUUUACCUUUUGAUGUUGCGCUCUGCUGCUCUCCACAUAAAUUCAGUGCUUAAUUGGAACAGCGUUUCCCGACCGUAGUCGGGUUUAAACGUGGAACUGCGAUGAAGAAAUAUUUUCAGAAUUUUGCACAGUCGACUUCUUCAUAUGUGAACAUGAAAGAACUAGAUACGGAUGAAUCAACUCUUGAAUUAAAUCGUCAACGGGCACCUUCAACACUUGCUCCACUGCUUCCGCUGCGCCAAUCAGGUCGUGACUUUUCAGACCAAUCACAUCCGGAGUACACAAAUACUGCCAAUAUGAUUGAGCAAUGA